AUGUGUUUUCUGUGAAUGGUUUCAGGGACCAGCGACCCAGUUGUCCUGGCUAACACAUCAGAGACAGAGAUCCAGCGACAGAACUGCAUCCAGGAACUACUGUGCACUGAGGAGAGCUACAAUGCUGACAUGUCCAUAGUUUUAGAUGUGUUUUACAGGCCUUUAGCAGAGGCCAAAGUUCUCACUUUAGCAGAAUUAGACUCCAUAUUUGUGAAUUGGAAAGAAUUGAUUGUGUGCAAUACUAAGUUAAAUAAGUCUAUGAGAGUUCGAAAGAAAAUGAGUGGAAGUGCACCAAUUCAUAUUAUAGGAGAUAUAUUGUGUGAAAAUCUCCCACAUUUAACCCCUUACAUUAGAUUCUGCAGUAGACAACUCACAGCAGCUACUCUGAUUCAAAAGAAGACAGAAAACAGUCCUCAAUUUAAAGAAGUAGCUAAGAAAUGUUCCACUGAUCAUCGAACUAAAGGCAUGCCUCUCAGUAGUUUUCUGCUCAAACCCAUGCAAAGGAUCACCAAGUAUCCACUCAUGAUCGAGAAGAUCCUGAAGUACACUCCAGAGGAGCACCCAGACUACCAGUACUGUCUGGAUGCCCUGCAGGCUGCCAAGGAGCUGUGCGACCAGGUCAAUGAAGGCGUCCGGGAACAGGAGAACUCCAGCAAACUUGAGUGGAUACAAAACCAUGUGCAAUGUGAAGGACUACCAGAGAAAAUAACUUUCAAUUCAGUCACCAACUGCUUGGGACCACGUAAACUUCUUUAUUCAGGAACUAUAUACAAGGCCAAAAGCAAUAAAGAGCUGGUUGGGUUUCUUUUCAAUGAUUUCUUAUUAUUGGUACAACCCCAGCGCCCUCUGGGAAGUGUUGUGUCAACAUUUAGCUUUGACCCAGAGACCAAAGUGCAUUACAAGAUGUACAAAACUCCUAUAUUCCUGAAUGAAGUGGCAGUGAAGGCUCCCCAAGGUGCUGAGGAGGACCCUACAGUAUUUCAGCUCAGUCAUAUAGACCGGUGGUACAGUUUUAAAAGUCUAACACAGCUGGAGAGGGACAGCUGGGUGAAAAAGAUAGCAGCAGCUUCCAAAGAAUACCUUGAAACAGACCGAAGGAAAAGGGAGAGGGCUUACUCAUCUCGUCAAAUGCGUACAACAGGUGUCGGGAGGCUAUUAUUUGUUGUCUUGGAGGGUGCCAAUCUCAUGGCUUGUAAGGAGGGUAAGGAGACAGG